AGUCAAGUCGAAGGCAAUCAAAACGGUACGGGUGACUUCAUUUGUGCGGUUUAGUUGAUAAAUUUUUGUUAUCAAUAUUUUUGUUCAGUAAAAACAUUUCUCAUAAAACAACCAAUUUAUUAAUUAAAAUAUUUUAAAGGUCAUGAUUCUUAUUCAAUUGAUAAAUUAAAAAGAAAAAUAAUAUAAUUUACUUCUGUUUCUGGGCUGUUCGCUGUGUGUUGCCCCUAGUUUUAUUUUUUGUUUUAGCUGAUGCCUUUACGAUAAAAAAUACUCCCGAUCCCGACCUUCAGGCAACCUUCAACUCACGUGUGUAAUCAAUAGUUGAACUUUUUACUCGGUCGCUACCAAGUAACCAUAUCUUAUUGGAAAAGACUCAUCCAUAAAACUCCGACGCAGAGCCUGGAACUUGCUCAAUUAGUUUGUGGCAUUCGUCCGUGAUAGUCUGUUGUGGUUGUCGGUCUGGGAAGCUCUUAAAAAGAUUCUUAGCGCGUUCACCAUCCAAAGUCAAUGCAAUCGGGGUUUUUUUUGUUGUGAAACUCAAUUUGAGAUAGGAGCGCAGUGAAGUUCAAAUUCAAAACAAACUCUCGAGGAUUAACAUUCUCCGCCGCAAAUUUGUUUUUUCUUCAAUUGGUCGUCGCGGUCGGUCGGUCGUCUGUCAGUCGUCACUCGUCGCGCUAUCAUUCCUAACUUUAUACAUAUACCUAUUUUUAUUUGAAUCUUGCGUCAGAACGCUGCUUAUCAUUCUCUAGAAUCGAGUCUAGAAUCCAUUUAGUUGCCACUCUGACGUCUAUCCGUCGAGUUCUGGGUUCCUUUAUCCUCUAGCUAAAAAGUGUAUUUUGAGAAUCAAAACACGACGUGAAUAAAUAUGUGUGACCGGCUUUUGAAUUACAAACCAGCGGCAGCUGAGGGCAUGCAGAAUGACCGUAGUCGGUUUAACAUGAAUGGAGUAGUGCAGCCGUUAUUAACAGAUUUAUAUCAAAUAACUAUGGCUUAUGCAUAUUGGAAAUCUGGAAAAAUAGGUGAUCAAAGUGUUUUUGAUCUCUUCUUUCGCAACAAUCCAUUUCAUGGUGAAUUUACAAUUUUUGCUGGUCUUGAAGAAUGUCUUAAGUUCUUAGACAAUUUUCACUACACAGAAAGUGAUAUUGACUAUUUAAAAGCUACUCUUCCCGAAGGAAUUGAAAAUGAAUUUUUUGAAUAUCUUGGCAAUCUUACAGCUAAAGAUGUAACACUUUAUGCCAUAGAUGAAGGUUCAGUUGCAUUUCCUCGAGUACCUCUCAUUAAAGUGGAAGGCCCUCUUAUUAUUGUACAGUUAUUGGAAACUACACUCUUAACAUUAGUAAAUUAUGCAAGUUUAAUGGCAACAAAUGCCGCCCGAUAUAGAAUGGUAGCUGGUAAGAAUGUUAAACUUUUGGAAUUCGGUUUAAGGAGGGCACAAGGGCCCGAUGGAGGGCUAUCAGCAUCAAAGUAUUCAUAUACAGGUGGAUUUGACGGUACAUCGAAUGUUUUAGCUGGAAAAUUAUUCAAUAUACCUGUAAAGGGAACUCAUGCUCAUGCCUAUAUAACAUCAUUCACAGGCAUUGAUGAACUUAAGACACGACUUUUAAGGCAUAAAACAGAUGGUGUAACGGGUGAUCUAUUGGAACACGCUAUUAAACACAGACAGUCACUGUCUCAAGUUUUAGAUAUAUCACCAGAAGAAUCAAGUGAAGGCGAACUAGCUGCAAUGGUUUCAUAUGCAAUUGCAUUCCCAGAUGGAUUCAUGGCAUUAGUCGACACGUAUGAUGUUAAGAGUGGUCCUUUUGUUAAUAUCUCAAGUAAAAUAGCUGCAAACUCAAUGGUGCCACUUGGUCAGUCAAAAAGUGCAAAAGAAGAAAUCUCCACAUCGAAUAAACUGUCCAAUGGAAUUACCAUCGCAAAACAUUCCACUCCUCUCAACGGCCACAAUAAUAAUAUUCAAAUAAAAGAACAAAUCAAUACGUCAGUUAACAAUAAUUCAAAGGUCUAUAAAAGUGGUUUAAUUCCAGAAUCUAAAGAAAUCAUAACAAACACCAUCAGUGAUAAUAAGAACGGAUUGAGUAAUCCAGUUUCAACUCUUCCAUCGGCAACAGCCGAAUCAGAAUAUCAGAAUCCGAAUAUAUAUCUGCCAAAAUAUGUCGAGAAGUCAUUCAGGAGUGGAUUACUUAAUUUUUGUGCGGUAGCAUUAGCACUUAAUGAUCUUGGCUACAGGGCAAUUGGUAUUCGAAUUGAUUCUGGUGAUUUGGCCUAUUUAUCAUGCUUUUCACGUCAAACAUUCGCUAAGGUUGCAGAUCGUUUUAAAAUUUCCUGGUUUAAUACACUGCAAAUUGUUGCAUCGAAUGAUAUUAAUGAAGAAACAAUUUUAUCAUUAAACGAACAAGGACAUAAGAUUGAUUGUUUUGGAAUUGGAACACAUUUAGUGACAUGCCAGCGACAACCAGCAUUGGGAUGUGUAUACAAAUUAGUUGAGAUUAAUGGACAAGCUAGAAUAAAAUUGAGUCAAGACGUUGAGAAAGUCACAAUGCCCGGCAAUAAGAGUGCUUAUAGGCUAUAUAGUGCUGAUGGACAUGCUUUAAUCGAUCUUCUACAAAAAGUCUCUGAGCCAGCACCAGAAGUUGGACAAAAAGUUCUUUGUCGUCAUCCAUUCCAAGAAUCAAAGCGUGCUUAUGUUAUUCCAUCGAAAGUAAAACCAUUAUACAAAGUGUUCUGGGCGAAUGGACAAAUAGCACAGCCUCUUCCAACAUUAGACAAGGUCCGUGAAAAGGUGCAAAAUUCUCUUCGAACUCUUAGAAAUGAUCAUAAGCGGACGCUAAAUCCAACACCAUACAAGGUUGCUGUAAGUGAUGAUCUUUACAACUUUAUUCACGAUUUGUGGUUACAAAAUGCUCCAAUUGGUGAACUCUCAUGAUCAAUAUAAGAGGUGAUCUAUUUAAACCAGCUCAAAAUGAUUUUUUUUUUCUUCAAGCCGGUCUUUGAAAGAAAAAACAAUACAUAUUUUUGUUUAGAUUUAAGUCUUUAAAGUUGUUCGGUAAAAAUAUUAAUGUGUUAUUUAAAACGCAGAGUGAUUUGGAUAAGCUUAAAUAAUAAAUUUAUAAAAUGGGAAUAGCCUCGAAAAAGUCAAAAUACGAUCGAUCAAAAAUAAAAGCAUUUCAAUUACAAUGUAAAUAAUAAAUGAAUCUUGACUAUUUCGAAACUUUCGAAAACUCUACAUAAAAGUUCCAAAAAAUAGGAUAUUGUAAUGAACUUUGGUAUGGUGGUUAACUGUUGUAAAGCUCAACAUUUAUACAUUAUGUUGUAUAUGAAAUUUAUAAUACCUUAUCUAUGUUUAACCCGUUUUAUAAAACUUACAAAUAAGAUCAAAAAUAUUAUAAUUAUUUACUUAAGAACAAAAAAUAAUGCACAAUGAUUUAUUAUUAUAAUUACAUAUUAUAUAUAUCUCUACACCUUCACAGAAAAAGAUAGCAAAACAAAAUAAAAGCAAAAAGCAUGCUUAAUGCAGUCUUGUAUCAAAAACAAUACAUUUUUUCUAUAAAUGCAGGGUGCCUUAAAAUAACAAAGUCAUAAAUACAUAUAAAAAAUACUUAAUUUAAAUUCCAAAGCAACAAAUUAAAAAACAGAAAAAGUGCAUGAGACAAUUUUUAAAAUCUUGAAAAUAUGUACCUUAUAAUUGCAAAGAGACUCAAUAAAAAAAUUAUAAAACUUGAA